AACGGGGCAGUGAUAGUUGAGCUGUCACGUCCUGUCCUAGCUCAAAACGAUUUUUUUUCUUUCUGUCAAUUUCAAUCAACAUUCUUUCAUUCAAUGUCUGAAAAAAUGUAAAAUAUUGUGAAACUUUAUGGUGUAAUUUGACCAAUUUGACUAAUGAAAAGAACUGAUCUGAAGAAAAACCAAUUCCACGAUGGCAUCCGAAACUGUUGAAAACAAAAAGUCGAAACCCGCCCCGAACUCGGAUCUGGAACUACCCGGAUGUUCCUACACCGAGGCUCCUCGCCCUGCCGGACAAUACCAGAAACUGCUAGCGCUGGACCAGCAGGAUCUGGUUUACAAUUCGGAGCCCAGCUUGUGCCACCUUUGCAAUGGAACCACUUCCGCCGGAUUGGGUGUUGUUCUGGUCAACUGUUUGCAUUCCUUCUGCGUGGAAUGUUUGAAGGAAUCGCUUCGGAAGGGCGAUUCCGUGCGCUGUCCGUUUCCGAAUGGUCGCUACGAAUGCGUGGGCAAUCUGGAAGAUAGGGAAUUGGUUGCCCUGCUGGACCCGGAAGAGUAUCGUGCCCUGAUGGAGCGCCAAUUCGAAGCUAUCAAAGAUGCUUCCGCGGCCACAGAGGAGACGAAAAAAGUUUCUCCACCUUCCCGGGCGGACUUAGAGCUUCUAGUGACCCUAAGCGAUGCCAGUGUAGUUCCGAAUCCGGAAUCGUUCGAAUGCCCGAUCUGUUUCGUUCCUUAUGAACCUUACGAGGGGGUCAUCCUCCGGGAUUGCUUCCACUGUUUCUGCCGGGAAUGUCUGGCAGGUUCCAUCAGGCACGCGGACGACGUGAUCGUCAAGUGUCCCUACAAUGACAACAACAACUCGUGCGAAAGCGUCAUCCAGGACCGGGAAAUACGGACGCUUCUGAGCGCUGCCGAUUACGGGGCCUUUUUGGAGCGGUCGCUGAAGAAGGCGGAGAGCUUGGCCGGGAAGUCCGCUUUCCACUGCAAGACGCCGGAUUGCGUUGGAUGGUGCCUGACGGAGGCGGCUGAUGUGAACUGGUUCGAUUGUCCCGUUUGCCAGGCGAGAAAUUGUCUGAAAUGCGAGGCGUUGCAUGCCGAUAUGACCUGCGAGGACUACCAGGAUCGACUGUUGGGAAACUUCGAGAAUCGUCGCUCGGAACGGGCAUUGCAGAACCUGGUGUCCGCCGGGGAAGCCAUACCCUGCCCCAAAUGCACGAUGGUUCUGACCAAGAUCGACGGUUGCGACUUCGUCACGUGCAGUCUGUGCAAAACCGCGGUCUGCUGGGUCACGCGAGGUCCCCGAUGGGGGCCAAAGGGUACGGGCGACACCAGUGGAGGCUGCCGGUGCAAGGUUAAUGGAAUUAAAUGCCACCCAAACUGCAACAAUUGCCACUAGGAUUUCCAACCGGAUUCGGAUUGAAUUAGUAUCGACUUUUGGACCGCCCAUGUAUUUUACGCCACGAAAUAAACGGUAACUGAUAAUAAAUUGUAGGUUGUAUCAGA